UGAAAUGUUACAAUAUAUUAUAUUUAUUCUCAUUAUUUACCAAUACGUAACUGCUAAUGACGUUCAUGAUACCAAUGAAAAGAUACAAGAACUUGAAAAAGAAAAAAAUGAUCUGUUCAAACGAAUUAAUGAAGCAAUAGAAGAAAGUAUUAAAUCUUUACAAAAAUCAAAUGAAACGGAUGCCUUACUUGGACUGAAGUACAUGUCUGAUCUUAAGGAACAUUUAAAGGAAGCAAACGAAACUAUUGUUGAUGUAAACGAAAAUAGGAUUAAUGUUUCAGACGUCAAUAGUAGAAGAAAGUUACGACAUAGGAUGAAGAAAAAUGACCCUUUCGAUUUUGAGACAAUUUUAAAACCAAAAAAAAUGAAAGUUAAAGAAUGGAAAGAAAUAGUGUUGGACCGGACGAAGAUGCAAAAUCAAUUGAACGAAUGGAUUCUGAAAAGGCAAAAAGAAAAAGAGCGCCUUCAAGAACAGAAACUUUACAAAAAGGGACUGAUAUCGUCAGGAAAAUUCGAGAAGUGUCCUAGAUUUGGUUAUCAAGGAAUGAAAAAAAAGGUUGGCAAAGAUAAAGAAAAAAUAAAACACUGCAAAGAAAUAAUAACUGGCUCCGAUCUGGAUGAGGCUUACAAAAAAUGUAUCAGUCUAACUAAAACUCCAGUAACGACAACAGAUAUAUAUGACAAUAUAAAAUUAUCCGACUAUAUGAAAAACGCAAAAAAGAAUAAGUAUCCGUGUUGUAGGAAGUGCUGUAAAAAAUCGUACAUGGGGUGUCUUUGAUGACGUACUAAUAGUACAAGAGGGCACAUUCGUUAUAUGCUUAGAACUAUAAACGCAAUAAUAUUAAAAUAGCUAUUAACAAAAUUAUAAUUAUGCAGAGAUAGACAGGCACACGAAACAGAUAUUUUUUUUUAUAAAAUGCUAUUUUUAAAUCAUGUAGUCCAUAAAGUAGACGACUUCCAUUACAAUUGAAACUGCUUAUUCAAAUUAAGUAUCACGCUUACUUAUUGAUAGUCAAAAUAAAAUUAAGAACCUACAUCCGGUUCAAAAAGAAACUCAGAAACUGACCUGAGAAAACUGGCAAAAGAUAUUCAGCGAUUUUUUUUAUGUCAAUUUCUGUAAUUGUUUAUGGUAUUCAAUAUUAUAAAGAAAAAAACCAAGAGGCGAUU